AAAACCCUCUUGUUAGACCUUUUGUAUUCUCUGUCCCCUUCUCAUUCUCUUGCUCACUUUCUAUGUUUCCGCUAUUGAUGAAAGGAGGUGGGGUUAACUGUCUAGCUGCAGUAGCACGUCUUAUCUCUUUAAUUCUUCACUUAUUCAGACCACAAAUUCACACUACAUACGCAAAAGGAUUCAGAUUAUGGGAAAUCUCUCAUGCUUCACGGGAAGUGUUCAACUGAAGUAAUCCUGUAUUCCUGUCUCAUUUCCUUAGAAAAGACAAAUAUCAAGGUGAUGAUGUCACCUAAGGAGGACGUUCUCUACGCCACCAUUGAUCAUGGGACGGACCAUACAGCAGGGCAUGGCACAAACACUGACAGAAGAGACUCCAUGGACAAUGACUGUCAUUAUGCUGUAGUUAUGCUUCCCUCUGAGCCGGUGAAAAAACUGGACAACAACGAGGAUUGUGCAGAUGACUAUGUCCUGAUGACCUGAGCUUAAAAGCCUUGUGUGCUUAACUUAUGCAAGAAUAAUAUUAGCUAUAUUUAUGGAAAGUAUAAUCUGCAAAAUAUGUACAUUUAUAUACAUACAAAAUACAUGUAUUUUUGACCUCAUUUAUAUGUCAGACUCAUCUGGUUAAACAUGUGCACCAAAUCUUAUCAGCAGGGCUUCAGCUCUCCAUCUGACAGUAACAAACAUUAAUGGAUAACAGAACUUUUUUAUCACUAGGAUGACCUUUGGCUUGCCUUUAUUUUUUGUUGUAUAAGUUUAAUUAUGUUGAAUGUAUUUUUCAUUUUGUGUCCAUAAUGUAAUUAUGUAAAUUCUAUUUACCUGGUUUAAACAGAGAAACCUUAUUAAAAAUUUCUUACCAGUUGGUAAAUGCA